AUGGGUAAAAUAUUUGAGCAACUUCUAAAAUCUAGAUUAGAAUUUUAUCUAGAAAAAAAUAGUCUUUUACCAUCAAAUCAGUUUGGAUUCAGACGCCGUAAGUCAUCUAGAGAAAGUAUUGCAUUUCUACAUUUAGACAUCUUUAAGGCUAUGGAAAAUAAAGAAGUAAUAUUUAGUAUAUUCUUUGACAUUGUUGGUGCAUUUAAUAACGUUAAUCUUCAUGUACUCGCCGCAGAGUCGAGGUCUUUGGCCAUUCCUGAAAAAAUUGUAAAAUGGAUAUUUAACUUUAUACAUGAAAGAAGAGUUUUUGCUAAAGUUAAUAAUAAUAAUAAUACAAUUAUUGGGCCUAGGCUCAGUUAUAAAGGUGUUUGUCAAGGAGGAAUAUUAAGUCCUCAUAUCUUUAUUUUAUACAUAUUUAAAUUAAACAAUAAUUUAGGAUCAAAUGUUACUAAUUUACUAUAUGCAGAUGAUUUGGUCAUAUAUGCCUCAGGAACAAAUGUCAAAAACUUGGUAACCACUUUAAAUGAGGCUUUAAAGAAAUUGCACAUUUACUUUUCAUACUUAAAUUUAGAUAUUAGUACUGAGAAAAGUAAAGUCGUAAUAUUUAAUAUAAUUCGUCCAUUUAACACUAGAAUAAUUUAUAAUAAUACAUUUUUACCAAUAGAAAGUUGUGCAAAAUUCUUAGGUGUAAUUUUUACAAAUAAUUUAUCUUGGACCAAAUACGUGAAUUCUAUUUCAGACAGAGCUUCUAAGGCCUUUAAUGUAUUAAAAAAAGAGCUGAUCCAGAAAUAUUAUUAA